GUCUAUCUGAGAAUGCAUUUCUUUACCAUUACUUUACUUAAUCCUUCAAAUAUAUGCUAGCGUCCAAUCUCGGAUUGAUGCAAUUCGGUUCACUAAAAUAUCAAUUACUCUUGAGAUAGAUGUUGGAUUUGAAUUACUUUUUGAAAUUAUGUUCACAUAAUGUCAAAUUGUUUAUCACAAUCGUCGUUGGACAGAUUUAAGUUAAAGUUUAGGAGUUAUGAAUAAAUUUCUACAGAACAACAACUUUUAUGAAAAGUUGUUAUUAAGUUCUUCAGUCUAAAUUUGACUUCUGCCUGAACGCCUGCAAUAUUUAAAACGGCAUUGUGCGAACAUCAUUUCAAAAAAAUAAUUCGAAUCCAACAUCUAUCUCAAGAGUAAUUGAUAUUUUAGUGAACCGAAUUGCAUCAAUCCGAGAUUGGACUGAAUCCGAGAUUGGACGCUAACAUAUAUAAUGAGGAAAUGGAUGAUAUAUUAUAACGAGAAGUUAUUGAUGUACGGUCUCUGAUCGUAUAUCAACAAUAUUUGUCAUAGUCUCGUAUUUCAGAAAAAAGAAGAUGAAUUUCCUUUUGAAAAUUUUUGUUUAAUAUAGAUUGUAAUGAUGAUAAUGCAAAUGAUGAAGUCGGUUGUUCAUCUCGUAUUUACAACGGAAUAAGUAGUAAGAAAUGUGCACAUAAUAAUAUUUCUAUUCAUAGAACUUAUUUAUGUGUAAUGAUUGUAAUGAUAAUUAAGAUGAAAAACGAUCAUUCUGUCAAGCACAACAAUGUCCAUCGGACAUACUUUCAAUGUCGAAAUAAAAAAUGGAUACUGUAUGAAGUUGUUUGUAAUGGUGUAAGAUAUUGUACUGAUGGAAGUGGUGAACCACCUAGUUGUGACGUCAAUGUAUGUGUCAUACCAGGAACCAUUGUUUCACAUAUAUAUUGCACAAAUAAAUAUUAUGUUCGUGCUAUUGGUCCGGAUGAAAAAAAUGAAUUAACAGUUUUAAGUGAUUUUAUGGAAUUAUCAGGUACAACAUGUGAUUGA